GUGAGAUUUGGGGAAGAGGGACGCCAAAAUUGACUUUCAAGCUCCGGAAACCUACGUCUUUCAUGUCUUUCAACCUCCGCUGUUUUUGAGUUGCAAAUGAUCAGGGACUGGUGGACUGCAGGCAGCCGGUGCUGUUGCCUGGAAGUAGAUUUCCAUCUUUUCCGACACUAGUUUGAAGGGGCAGUGUGUUCUGGAAGCGGGUGGCAGUAGGGAGGAGGAUGCUGUGAGCAGAGUUCUUUAGCUCCACUCCUCAGGGGAAGCCGAGCUGUGGGAGAGCCUUCUUACUGAGCGGACGGCGUGUGAAUUGGAAAGGAUCCUGAGAGCUGGCGGGUCCCAGUUCCUCUCCGGAAAAGCAGUCGCUCUCCCUUUCGGAGAUGCGCCUAACCUUCGCCUGCAUCACACUGCAUGCUUUAACACAUUAUUGAAACUACAAACAUCUACAGCAGUUUCAUGUGGACAGAUUGUGUGUUUUGAAAGCUUCAUAUAUUUCAUCAUGAAACAUGCCACUUGGGAUCUUUGAAGCAUAGAGUUCUGCCCAACACCUGAAUAAAGAAUCCCUUUCCUGGUAUGAAAGAGAACUUAUCUCCACCAUGACAAAUCAGGAAAAAUGGGCCCACCUCAGCCCCUCAGAAUUUUCCCAACUUCAGAAAUAUGCUGAGUAUUCUACAAAGAAAUUAAAGGAUGUACUUGAAGAAUUCCAUGGUAAUGGCGUGCUUGCAAAGUAUAAUCCUGAAGGGAAACAAGACAUUCUUAACCAAACCAUAGAUUUUGAAGGUUUCAAGCUAUUCAUGAAGACAUUCCUGGAAGCCGAGCUUCCCGAUGAUUUCACUGCACACCUUUUCAUGUCAUUUAGCAACAAGUUUCCUCAUUCUAGCCCAAUGGUUAAAAGUAAGCCUGCUCUCCUUUCAGGUGGUCUGAGAAUGAAUAAAGGUGCCAUCACUCCUCCCCGUACUUCUCCUGCAAAUACGUGUUCCCCAGAAGUAAUCCACCUGAAGGACAUUGUCUGUUACCUGUCUCUCCUUGAAAGAGGAAGACCUGAGGAUAAACUUGAGUUUAUGUUUCGCCUGUAUGACACAGAUGGGAAUGGCUUCCUGGACAGCUCGGAGCUAGAAAAUAUCAUCAGUCAAAUGAUGCACGUUGCUGAGUACCUUGAAUGGGAUGUCACUGAACUUAAUCCAAUCCUUCACGAAAUGAUGGAAGAAAUUGACUAUGAUCAUGAUGGAACCGUGUCUCUGGAGGAGUGGAUUCAAGGAGGAAUGACAACAAUCCCACUUCUUGUGCUCCUGGGCUUGGAAAAUAAUGUGAAGGAUGAUGGACAGCAUGUGUGGCGACUCAAGCACUUUAACAAACCUGCCUACUGCAAUCUUUGCCUGAACAUGCUGAUUGGUGUGGGGAAGCAGGGCCUCUGCUGUUCCUUCUGCAAGUACACAGUUCAUGAGCGCUGCGUGGCUAGAGCACCUCCCUCUUGUAUCAAGACCUAUGUGAAGUCCAAAAAGAACACUGAUGUCAUGCACCAUUACUGGGUUGAAGGCAACUGCCCAACUAAAUGUGAUAAGUGCCACAAAACAGUUAAAUGUUACCAGGGACUGACAGGACUGCAUUGUGUUUGGUGUCAGAUCACACUGCAUAAUAAAUGUGCUUCUCAUCUAAAACCUGAAUGUGACUGUGGACCUUUGAAGGACCAUAUUUUACCACCCACAACAAUCUGUCCAGUGGUCCUGCAGACUCUGCCCACUUCAGGAGUUUCAGUUCCUGAGGAAAGACAAGCAACAGUGAAAAAGGAAAAGAGUGGUUCCCAGCAGCCAAACAAAGGAUCUGAUAGGAACAAAAUGCAAAGAGCCAACUCUGUUACUGUCGAUGGACAAGGCCUACAGAUCACUCCUGUUCCUGGAACUCAUCCGCUUUUAGUUUUUGUGAACCCCAAAAGUGGUGGGAAGCAAGGAGAACGAAUUUACAGAAAAUUUCAGUAUCUACUAAAUCCUCGACAGGUUUACAGUCUUUCUGGGAAUGGUCCAAUGCCAGGGUUAAACUUUUUCCGGGAUGUUCCUGACUUCAGAGUGUUAGCCUGUGGUGGAGAUGGAACCGUGGGCUGGAUUCUGGAUUGCAUAGAAAAGGCUAAUGUAGUCAAGCAUCCUCCAGUUGCUAUUCUGCCUCUUGGGACUGGCAAUGACCUAGCGAGGUGCCUGCGAUGGGGAGGAGGUUAUGAAGGUGAGAAUCUGAUGAAAAUCCUAAAAGACAUUGAAACCAGCACAGAAAUCAUGUUGGACAGAUGGAAGUUUGAAGUCAUACCUAAUGACAAAGAUGAGAAAGGAGACCCAGUGCCUUACAGUAUCAUCAACAAUUACUUUUCCAUUGGUGUGGAUGCCUCCAUUGCACACAGAUUCCACAUCAUGAGAGAGAAACACCCAGAGAAAUUCAAUAGUAGAAUGAAGAACAAAUUUUGGUAUUUUGAGUUUGGCACAUCUGAAACUUUCUCAGCCACCUGCAAGAAGCUCCAUGAAUCUGUAGAAAUAGAAUGUGAUGGCGUACAGAUUGAUCUAAUAAACAUCUCUCUGGAAGGAAUUGCUAUUUUGAAUAUACCAAGCAUGCAUGGAGGAUCCAACCUCUGGGGAGAGUCUAAGAAAAGAAGAAGCCAUCGAAGGAUAGAGAAGAAAGGGUCUGACAAAAGGACCACACUCACAGAUGCCAAAGAGUUGAAGUUUGCAAGUCAAGAUCUGAGUGAUCAGCUGCUGGAGGUGGUUGGUUUGGAAGGAGCCAUGGAGAUGGGGCAAAUAUACACAGGACUGAAAAGUGCUGGCCGAAGACUGGCUCAAUGCUCUUCUGUGGUCAUCAGGACUAGCAAGUCUCUGCCAAUGCAGAUUGAUGGGGAACCAUGGAUGCAGACACCAUGCACAAUAAAAAUCACACACAAGAACCAAGCCCCAAUGCUGAUGGGCCCUCCUCCAAAAACCGGGUUAUUCUGCUCCCUCGUCAAAAGAACAAGAAACCGAAGCAAGGAAUAAUCUUCUAUGAUUUUGUUCUUAGAAAUUUAAUUAGAAUAAUUGGGCCAUGGAGCAUUUAUGCUGGAAAUCUUCAAACCAUUUCAAGUCUUCUGUUCAUGCAAAAUCAUGGAAUUGGUUUAAUAGAUUGUGUUUCUGAGCUAAUGUAGAAUUCAGCUAUUAGAAAAUUUAUUGUCUCAGUUUUUAUAGGCACCUUUGCAUGAAGAAAGCAGAAGUUUACAUGAAGUGGUACUGCAUAUUUUUGUUGCAUGCAUUUCCAAAGAGUUUUAUGUCUCCCACUGCAUCUUACUCAAUUUCCAUUUAUUAAUCUGUGAGAAAAACCUGUGAAACGUGAAAAGGAAAUACCAUGGGAAACACAAGUCUCAGUGUGAUUCUAAUUAUUAAUAAGCAUUAAUCAGUAAUGCUGCAAUGAUCAUAGUUGCAGAUUGCUAUACUUUUCCCUCUUAGUGUAUCAAAUGAUCUUUGAUGACUUAAGGAGACACUUUUAACUCAAAAGUUCUAUUCAAUAGUUGUCUAUGAUACUAAAUAGUUUUUCUUCAACAUCUUAACUCUUCUGAGUGGAAAUAAAUAUCAGGUAUAAGAUUUUCUUGUGCUAAAAAAUAGAAAAUGUUUUUUUUUAUUUUGUUCAUUGGUUUUUAAUUCCAAAAAAUGAAUUAAAAUAUGUUUCUUGGCAGUGAAGUGUGGUAAUAUGGCAAGCUUUAUCCCUUUCUGUAUGAGAAUAUAGAAGAAAAUUUAUAAUCACACCAGAAACCAAAUAGAUGUUUUAAAAUAUGUGCUUAAUUAAUGUGUUUCUCACCAAAUUUUCAGAAAAAGAUGCUUCAGAGAAAUGGGUUAAUGCAUAAUUAUAUGGAACAAAUUUAUGGUUCUUAUGAUUAAUUUUUGAGAGGUAACAUAUGGGAAGAGAGUGAGUUACCCAUUUAUUAUGAUCAAAAUUCUCACCUUUCAUAGACAGUAGGUCAUACAGCACAAAGCUUGAGCCAAUUUCUUGGUUAUUUGGUCCUUUAUAAAUAUAGAUGUCUUUAAUUUUUAAUGGAUCAGUUAAGUGCACUUGAAGAAAGUAAAUGAUUAUAUCAGUUCCCUUCUAGUAUAAAUUGGUAUCUGUAAUAAUAUUGAGCUCAUUGAAUCAAAUCAUGCAUGCAGUUAGCCCCCUCCCAUUCACGUAUUCCAGUCCCAUCUCUAUGACAUUUCAAAUGUUUAUUUGGAAAUAUUAAAUGGCCUAGAUCACUAUUUAAGGUGUUCAUGGCAUGGUUGGGUUCUUUGAUUAUUUAAAGAAAUCAUGGAAUUACUACUUUUCUUAGUGUUUCUUUAAGCUUGUGAUAUAAAAUGAAAUGCUUCUGAGCAGUCUUGGUAUUGUUCAUUCAUAUUGACUUGCAUCUCAUCAUUGCAUGUUUUAUGUUUUCAAACAUGCCAUAAGGAAAACAAGUGCUUGAAAUGCAUGAUUUAUUAGUUUUCCUCUCCACUCUGCAUUAAAGUGCCAAUGAUUUAUCAGUUCUAUUUUUCUAUUGAUUCAUUCAUCUUUGAAUAACAAAUAGCAUUUAGUGAUUCUGUUGAACACAAUCCUGUGCAUGGAUUUAUGGAUUUCAAGUGAAAUUGCUAUAAUUUUAGUUCUUUGGUUUGAAAACUCAACUGAAUGCUGUUAUAUCAAAUAGCUACUAUCAAGCAAUGUGGUAUAAUGGAAGAUUAUGUAUAAAACAUACUCUUUUAGUGUUUCAGGAACAUUGGAUGGUAAAUAUCAAUCAACAAUAAGUUUAAUUGCUUUAAAAAUAAAAGCUUUGAAUAAAAUUAAGACAUAAUUUAGCAUUCCCAGGAAAAUUAUGAUUACAAUUGCAAAUUUAGUAUAGCAAUCACUUACUGUAGUAUAAUAAUAACAAUAAUAAUAAUAAAAGUUAUUUGACAGAACAGUAAUCUAGACCAAAAGAAAUCUCAAAACAGUAACAAAUGCAUUACUGACAUAAUGUUACAUAACACACACAAUGAUUUUGUGUAUCUAUGGUUACAGGUAGUAAAUAUUUUCACAUGAAUUGACAAAAUUUUCUACAAUGGGCACUCAGGCUUUGUGUCAAAAACAUGUUUGAAGCCACAAAUUAUUUUAUGUUCAGUACAACAUACAAUUAUUUCUUGGCUACCUUUUAGAGUAGUAUAUCGUUUGAAGGCGGCAACAGUUUGUGAAUCCCUCUGAACAAUCUGUGCACUGCAAAGCUGUUAGAGAGACAGUGAGAUGAGGCAAAUUAAACAACCUGCCUACAUGAUUUCAAUAAUUGAAAGAAUGAGAUGCAGUUUUGCUUCGGUGUAGUUACAUACCUACAAUUAGUGCUAAUAGUAGUUACUCACCUGUUCAGUUCAGUCAGUUGGAUUCAUUGGUACCAUUAAGAAAUGUUGAAAUAUGAAUCCAAUUUGACUUUUCCCAAUUCAUUUUCAAAAGAUACUGCUGUUCUUGCCCUUCAAGUAUGCUACUCCUGGGGUUUGGAAAGUAGUUUUUAAAAAUCUACUUUGAUGGUUUUGAAAUCAGAGAAGAUAUUCUUUCUUUUAUAUGACAACUUCAUGUGAAGAAUAUAUAUUUUAAGUAAAAUUCUAAAUGGAAAGUUCUGUGACAUGUUAAAAUACUGAAUAAUGAAUGUUAGUUUUACAAAAUGGAAACUUUUCUUCAGUGUGUGUGGGUGAGCAUUUGAGUUGUGAGUCAACCUCUUUUAAGUAUAGUAGACAUAACGAUUAACAGUUUUAAGUGAAUAAAGCUCUUACAUGAAAAUUAACACUGGACCCAAGUAUGGGAACCAAAGAAAAAGGGAGAAAAAAGAUGCACACUGCUAAACACUGCCAUACUCAGUACUGAACAGUAAGUACUAAAUGCUAAGUUGGUAAAUGGGGAGAAUCCAGAAUAAACCAAGAUAGCCGCACUUUUAAGAAAUAGGAAUGGAUAUUUCUAUAUAACACCCAGAAAACUUAAAGGUUAUAAGUUUGUUUUCCCACUUUCAUGUGCAUUUAAUGUGAAAAGUGCCCAUCAGUUUUUUGUAGUGGAAGGAGAUAGCUUAUAGAAACUGAAAAAGAAAUAACAUUGUAAAGAAGUUUUUAAUUUAAAAAGGUCAUAUGAUCAUAGCUAAAAAAAAAUUAAAUGAAAAAAAAGGAAAGAAACCAUAGGUUUAGUCAUUUCAUUUCCUUGGACAGCCAAUGCAGGCAGAAAUGUACAUCCAGUGAGGACCAAUGAAUCAUAUACAUGUUUCUACAUUAUGUUCUGUUUUCCUUUUUGAAGAGGAUGGAGAGCAAUUAUAAUUUUCAGGGAAGAAUCUGUUUUGAAUGUCAGACUGUAUGCUACUUGAGUGGGACAAGAUUUUUAGAUGCUUCCAUUCCUUUUUGUGCUAGUGUUAGUUUGUCUUGCAUUGGUUAUAAAAAGGAAAAUGGACAUUUCAUGGCACAUAUACCACCAAAAAAUAUUAAAAGCAUUAUUUAUAUUCUACAUUAAAAGAUCAAACCCUUGUAAGAUACACCAAGGCUGUAAAAUUUAAGAAAAUAAAUUAAUGAAAAUCUGCAAAAGAUCUUCAUUUUGUGAAAGACAGAAAUCACCACUUAAAACUCCCAAUUAAAUUGUAUUGUAUUUAAAUAAAAUUUGAAUAAACCCACAUUUGAAAGUUUCUAUACAUUCUUAUUGUGUUUAAAAUGUCGGAUUCAGUUAAUUACAGUAUCUUAAUUAUUUUCUCAGAAAGUGUUAUAUAAAAUAUCCUGCUUUUUGAAAUAAAAGUGUUAACCACUUA